AUGGGCAAAAAUGGGGAGUUUACCAUACCAAAAUUCUGCAAGGCUGGAGUGAUGUAUGAUGAAGGCCCUGGUUGCUAUGUGAAAGUAGAAGAUGUCCCAGUCCCAGAACCAGGUCCCGACGAAUUAUUGUUGAGAUUAAACAUAACCGGUCUCUGCUUUUCCGAUCUACAUUACAUGAUGAACGAUUUGGCACUUCCGAAGAUGAGCGACUUCGGCGUGAGAUCGCCAGGCCACGAAGGGGCGGGAGUGGUAGUGAAACUUGGUGGCAACGUGAAGGGGUGGAGUGUUGGUGACCGCGGAGGUGUCAAGCCGCUUUGGGACACAUGUGGAAGUUGUAGGCUUUGCUGGGGUGGACAAGAGACCCAUUGCCGCAAGGGAGUCUUCACAGGUCUACAGUGUCCUGGAACAUACCAACAAUACAUUCUUAGUCCGGCGAAAUACACGACUAGGAUCCCUGAGGGGGUUUCCGACGAGCUGGCAGCAGAGCCUAUCAUGUGCAGUGCCUCAACAAUGGUUCAAAGCCUCGAAGCUUCGGGUCUUAGACCGGGUAACUGGGCUGUAUUUCCUGGUGGAGGUGGUGGUGUGGGAAUACAAGGUAUUCAACUUGCAGCUGCCAUGGGAUUUCGUCCAAUAGCAAUCGAUACUGGGCCUGCUAAGCGCGAACUGUGCCUCAGGUUGGGUGCAGAAGCAUUUGUCGAUUUUAAAGAAACAACUGACGUGACUCAAAGGGUGAUUGAGAUCACUGACGGAGAAGGUGCGCAUGGCGUCUUUGUGACGGCGCCUCAGGCAUACGCGAAUGCGAUCUCUUACACCGGCUCACGGCCGGGGUCUUGUGUAAUGUGCAUCGGACUGCCGGCAAGUGAUACUGUCAUACUCGGAGCAGAUCCGGCGAAGUACGUACUACAAAACUUCAGUAUCUCUGGGACAGUGGUGGGCUCCAUGAUGGACACCGAGAAGGCAUUGGAUUUUGCGCGGCGCGGCAAACUAGAGCCGAUUUAUGAAACAUUUUCCAUCGACAAACUACCCGAGGCUCUUGCAAAACUAAAGGCAGGUCAAGUGGCUGGGCGUGUAGUCAUAGAUUUUAAUCAAUGA